AGAAAUCGCGUCUCCGUGCGGUGAGGGAGGGAGCCAUAAAUUGCGAGCUUCUCCUCCGCGAACCCUACUUACUUCAUUCGGCGGAAUCACGUCCCGGGUCCCGAAAUUGAUCGCUGGAUUCGCAUCCUUUUCCUUCGGCUAGUCUCCGAGAUCAGUUGGAGAUUUGGUUUCGUUCGAGUGGUUUUGGAUCUUCGCGGAAGUGGUUUUCCGGCCGAAGAUUGGAUUUUGGUGACGCUUCGGAGGUUGCAGUUUUGGGCGAUUUUGAGAUCAUCGAAACGGUGAGCUUGGGGCCUUUUGGCUUCUUGGUAGUGUUAUUCUUUCCUUUGUCCUGGUAGGGUAAAAAAAGCCCACCUUGCUUUCGUCUUCAUUGAAAGCUUGGUAUCUUAGUUGAACAGAAGGACAUCCACAAGUAGAUCUUGCUCGUGAGUGUCAGGAGCGAGAGAACAUGCAGUCCGAUCCCUCCCUCUACCGGGACCAUUUCGACCGAAUUCCCGACUCGCUGGUCCUCGUCAUCUUCAACAAGCUCGCCGAUAUCCAGUCCCUGGGCCGCUCCUCGACCGUGUCAAAGCGCUUCAAUGCCCUCGUCCCCCUGGUUCACGAUGUGUUUGUUAAGCUCGACCGUUUCGUGUCCGUCGACGGCGAAUCUGACGACGCCUUGAGCCUGUCUUCCCCUAAGCCGAGAAACCUUUUCGCCCAUCUCCUGAGGCUAUUGCUAUUUGCCUUUCUCAGGCCCUUCCAGAACCUUCAGAACAUUAACGAUGGAAAUAAGCCUCUUUUGCCCCAACUCUCCCGUCACUCCCCUGCUCGAGUCCUCAAGAAUUUUACCCAUGUCCGCAACCUGAGGAUCGAGCUCCCUGCCGGUGAUGUUGGAACGGAGGAUGGGGUCUUCUUAAAGUGGACAGCGGAGUUUGGAAGCACACUUCAGAACUGCGUGAUUUUGGGUGGAACCAGGAUGGAACGUAGACCUGCUUCGGCCAAUCUAGAAGGGUCAGUGGAAGACAAUGGGAGCAUACCAGAGUCAUUCUAUACGAAUGGAGGGCUAAAGUUGCGAGUUGUUUGGACUAUCAGCUCUUUGAUCGCUGCAUCCACAAGGCACUAUCUUCUUCGUCAGAUAAUUAAUGAUCACCCAACAUUGAGAAGCUUGGUCUUGACAGAUGCCGAUGGUCAGGGGACAUUGAUCAUGGGAGCAGAGCAGCUGAAAGAGUUCAGGGAGAAGCCAUUAGCAGCCUCACUGUCAUCAAAUAGGACGCAGGUGCCGGCAUCAAACAUGAAGCUGAGAUAUGCUCCAUACUUGGAGCUAGCGGAGGGAAUGGGAAUGCAGGGAGUUACACUAGUGGCUAUCAAGCCUGCAGGAGAGGGCACUAGCUGUGGCAAUAGUAGCAGGAAGGAAGCUGAAGCAUUUAUUUGUGGGGCAUUCGAUGGACCAUUUCGGGCUGCAGUCAAGGCGUUAGUGAAGCGGCGAACUUACCUCUUAGAGAUGAAUGGUUUCUAGAUCAACUCAGCCUCUUUGCCUUAGUUCUCUUCUUAUGGCCUGCAAUGGUUCAUUUUGUUUGUUUACAUGGAACCAGUUGUGGAGUGCCAUUACUACAGGAAUGAGGUCUCGGUGUAUAUGCAGUAGCUAUCAAAAUUUUCAUCUCUCCUUGCAUUUCUGUACAGUAAGAGUGUAUGGCUUUAUUUAUUUUCUUUUAUAGUGUGUAAAAUGGAGCAUCAGUUGUGAAAAUUCUCAUCUCAACAAUGCGUUUGUUGUAGUUUUGGCUUGUUAUGUGAUGCCUCAGAAAAUAAUUCUAUUAUGUGCAUGUA